GUAAUUGUUACCCAGCAACAACUUUUUACUGCUUAAAUUGCCAAAAUAAAAAAAGAAAAAAGAAAAAAAGAAUGGGUCGCAAGGGUAGUAGUUCAGCAUAAGUAAUAAUUGGGAGGGCUCUCUAGUUAAAGUCAAAAUCUAGGGAGCGAGGAGAGAGAGACGGAGAGAGAAUCCAAACCCUAGCGAGCGAACGAACGAAAUCCAUUGGAGCAGGUUGAUUGACUUUUCUUCUUCCCAUGUGAUUGAACUUUUGUAUCAUAUAUGCAUAUGUAUAUGUGCGUAUAUGCAUCAUAAUCUACGUUCGACUUCUUAGCUUAUCGAUUUGCCUUUUGAUUUCCAUAAAGAUGGGUUCAUUGCAAGAGAGUUUGAACAGAUUCAAGAAGCAACAAGAGAAGUGUCAGUCAACCCUAACCAGCAUUGCACCCAGAGCAGGGACUUCUUCAAAGCAAGCAGUACCAAAUUACAAGUCCACACCGGCCAAAUCUCCUGCCCCUGCAGCUGUCAAAUUCUCAAACGAUACAGAGAGGCUUCAACACAUUAACAGCAUACGCAAAGCCCCGGUCGGAGCUCAGAUCAAGCGUGUUAUAGACUUGCUCCUAGAGACAAGGCAAGCUUUCACACCAGAGCAAAUAAAUGAAACAUGCUAUGUUGAUGUGAAAUCCAAUAAGGGUGUCUUUGACAGUUUGAGGAAUAACCCCAAAGUGUAUUAUGACGGAAAGCGCUUCUCUUACAAGUCCAAGCAUGAUUUGAAGGACAAGAAUCAACUGCUUGUCUUAGUACGGAAGUUUCCAGAAGGCAUUGCUGUCAUUGAUCUCAAGGAUGCAUACCCAACUGUCAUGGAGGACUUACAGGCUCUUAAAGCUGCCGGUCAAGUCUGGCUGCUGUCUAAUUUUGACUCGCAGGAAGACAUAGCCUAUCCAAAUGACCCCAGAAUACCCAUCAAGGUUGAUGAUGACCUAAAACAGCUCUUCCGGGGAAUUGAACUACCACGUGAUAUGAUUGACAUUGAGAAGGAUCUACAAAAGAAUGGGAUGAAGCCUGCCACGAACACUGCCAAGAGGAGGGCCAUGGCUCAGGUUCAUGGUAUUGGCUCCAAGGCCAAACCCAAGAAGAAGAAGCAUGAAAUCAGCAAGAGGACCAAGUUGACCAAUGCCCACCUUCCAGAGCUCUUCCGGAACCUUAAUGUUCCUGGUUCCUGAUGGGGGAUUUAGCUGUGACACAGUGCUCUCGCUUUAUGUUGCUCGAAUGUUGCUGCAAUUUCCCUUUAAAUAUAUAUAUUCUCGUGAUCUGGCAACGAUUAUUGCCCUCGUAGUUCUUCAUUCCUUAAAGCCUACAGCUGAUCAGAGGAACUUCACCUUAUUAUGGGUAAUGAGAAAGAGCCCCAACUACUCCCCUAUGAAGAUAUACAGUGGGAUCAUAUUGACCCGUCCAUUUUACUUUGGUGGAGUUAUGCUACUGUGUGUCACCAUCCAAUGUGUUUUUGGUUGUGUAGUAUAAAUAGCUUAUUCGCAAACAAUGUGUUAUUCAUGGGAUGGUAUACUAUGUGAUGUGUGUAACAUAUACAUGAUCAAAUAUUUCAAAUAAUUAUAGAUUGGGAUGCUUAAAUUGGACAAUCUCUAAUCUUCCUUUUUUUUUGGUCC